AUGAAUGACAGUCGGGUGGGUAGAGCCACUCUCUCUGGAAGAGCAGAGCGCAUCUGCGCCCCAUCCCCGAUACUGUUGGACUCAGCAUGCUCGCCUCCGCCUUCUGCUUCGUCUUCGUCUAGUUUGGCAUCCACAGCACCGCCCUCGUCGACGUCGAACGCCCCUCUGACUCCGCCCCCGACGCCGCCCACCCUCUCGUCCCCUUGCCAGAUGACUUUUAGGGAGGCGGUGCAGAAUGGGGACUACAUCGAGCUGCAGAGGAUACUGGAAGAGAGGGAGGGAAAGAUCAACGUCAAUCUCUUUGACACUGAGGGCCAGACCGCCCUCCACCACAGCUGCCUCCAGGGCAAUCUGGAGCUGGUUAAACUCUUGGUCCGCUUUGGCGCAGACGUUCGGCUGGCCAACCGGGAUGGCUGGAACCCGUUGCAUAUAGCAGCCUACGGUGGCCACAAUGACAUCUUUCUGUUUCUGAUGGCUGUGCGAAGGUCGUAG